AUGGACAACGCGGACGACGUCGUCAUGGACCGUCGCACGGUUCCGGACUACAAGGAUAUCGACGAAGACCGUAGGCCGGAAUCGCCGCCUCCUCGCGGACGAUCCUACUCCCGCUCUCCCUCCACCACUCCCGUUCCCGGACGUCGCGGUGACCGCAGUGUCAGUCGCAGCCGCAGCCGCAGCCGUUCUCCUCUUCCCCGUCGACGCGGAGGUGACCGCUCGCGAUCCCCCGCUGGCCGACGCUACGAUCGAGACGACCGACGCGACCGUGCCCGCUCCCGCUCGCCUCCCCCUCCUCGUUCUGACCGACGCCGAACUCCCCCGCCGAAGCCUCGCGGAGCACCUGCCGAGGUACAGCCUACCACGGUUCUCGGCGUUUUCGGCCUGUCGAUCCGCACGCUUGAAAAGGACCUCGAGUACGAGUUCGAUGCCAUUGCGCCCGUCGACAAGGUUGUCAUCGUCUACGAUGCGCGUUCGGGCCGAUCCCGCGGGUUUGGCUUCGUCACCAUGCGCGACGUCGAGGGCGCAUCCGCCGCCAUCGAGGCCUUGAACGGCAAGGACCUACACGGCCGACGCAUCCGCGUCGAUUUUUCGACUACGCACAGACCGCACGACCCCACUCCUGGAAUUUACAAAGGUGAGGUGCGACCGGACGACCGCUACCGCGCACCCCCCAGCCGCGGCUCCGCUAGCGCGGGACGUGGGGAGAGGUACAACGGACGUGCUUACGACCGCGCAGGAGCCCCGUCAUCGUACCGUGGUGGCGACUCGUACCGAAGAAGCCACGCUGACUCGCGCGACGACUGGAGACGCCGACCGUCGCCACCGCGUCGUCCCAGGAGGUCGCCUAGCCCGGUUGGCAGGAGAGGCGGUGGUGGCUCAAGGUACUCUCGUUCCCCGAGCCCAAGACGCCGUGGCGGCAGCGACAGGUACGACGACGAUCGCGAAGACAGAGUGCCUCCGCCGAGGAGCAGGCUCGGCAGCCACCUCGACAGCCCCCCGCGCGAAGACGUCGACCGCAUCCAAUACUAG